AUGGUGGCCUUGGAUAACAGCGGCGAUGAGCUCCCCAUGGUGAAAAGUACGUUCUCGAGGACCUUGUCUGCGGCUCAGCUCUACGAGAUGUAUGUGGUUUCAGUGGAGAAUCUGAUUGAGAUGACGAGCAUCCGGCCAUUCGAGGAGCUGCUGGCUGAAGGUAUGAUGGUGGAGUUUGACGAUGCGAAGUGGAACGCCAUGUUUGUUUCGCACCAGUGGGCGGGUGUUGGCCAUCCGGAUCCCCACAUGGAGCAAUUCAAGGUUCUGCAACAGGCGUUGAAGAAUGUCCUGGGUGGCAAGACGGCGAUCCAUGCGAACAUCAAUAUCGAGCUCUACAUCGGCCAGCGACAGGCCAUGACGGCCGAGGACUUCAUGUCAAAGCCUCUCUACAUCUGGUAUGACUACUUCUCCUGCCCACAGGCGGACCGCGAACUGGCGCAUCGCCAAAUGGCCAUACUCAGCAUUCCCGCUUACGUGGAAAGAUGCCGUUACUUCACCGUUCUUUGCCCACACGUCCGCCACGUGACGCAGGACACGCUACUCAGCCGACGAUCUUGGGCGAGCAGAGGAUGGUGCCGGCUCGAGAGAGUAUGCAAGGAGCUAAGCGUUCAUGACGAUGCCUGCGACACGAUCGAGAUUCAAAGUGGCCAGCAGCAGGCCUUGGCGGCCAAUUUCGAUUGGGUCAAGGAGCCGGUUGGCGAAGGCUGCUUCACCGUCGAGAAGGAUCGCUUGAGAAUUGCGCCCGUGCUGCAGGCGAUGCUGAGGAACAAGAUCAGCUCCUACCUCUGCAAGAAGGACUACCACAACUACCGCCUCAUGCUGAACCUGCAGAAUCGCCACUUCACCGGCCUGCCCAUCAAGCCGGCCUACGACUUCGUUCCAGGCUUUCAAUCCGAAGCCAAGGAUCCGGCGGAGUAUCUCCUGGCGCAGUUCAUGCAUCAGAACUGUUUUACGGGCUUCCUUGACCGCAAUGAGAAGGGUUGGACGCCGCUUUGCUACGCGGCAUUGGUCGGGGAUCCGCUGCUCGUUUACUCCCUUUUGCAGGAGAAGGCGGACCCAAACGAUGCCAUCUCGGAGCCGGAGCCCCUCUGCCAAUUCGCAGCGCAGACAUCCGCACUGCACAUGUGCGCGUUUUUGAAGCGCAACGAGUCCCUCAGGAUUCUUCUCGCUUCGGGCGCGGAUGUGAACCAUGCCGAUGGCUACGGCGCCAAUGCACUUCACUGGGCAGCUGUAGCCGACAAUGCCGAAGGAAUUCAGAUCUUGUGCGAUGCGGGCCUCGGAUGCCACGUGCCGAACAUGCUUGGCUACUCACCCUUUGCCAUGGCUUGUGCCGGGGGCGGGGUGGAAGCCAUCCAGGAGCUCAUCGCCUACGCCUCGCGGGAGGAGCUGGCGGAGGGGCUGCACGCAGCACUCCUACAUGGAGGUGCAUCAGCCAAGGUGGUCUCCGUCUUGGUGGCGGCAGGUGUGGAUGUGAACCAUCAGCUCACCAAGCCGUUGCUGAGUCCACUUGGAGUACUCUUUGCUUGUCUGAGCCUGCGCCACCGUUGGAGCCCAUCUCGCCUCA